AUGUAUGGUGUCUUUGACGAAACUGGCCUCUUGCAAUACGGCCAGGUGUUCAUUCAGUAUUCUACAUCGAUCAAGAAACCGGAUGGAAAGUUGAAGAUAUAUACGGGGCCGGUCAUGAUUACGAAAAAUCCGUGUCAUGUAGCAGGUGAUGUAAGAAUGUUCACAGCAGUAUACCAGCCCGCCUUAAUCCAUUUAUUUGACGUGGUUGUUUUCCCAAAACAUGGUCCUCGUCCUCACCCUGAUGAGAUGGCAGGUAGUGAUUUGGACGGCGACGAAUACUCGGUAAUAUUUGACCCGGACAUAUAUUUUGAUCAUAACGAAGAAGCGAUGACGUUUCCAAAAAGUUCACCAGAUGACUUUGAAACUGCGCCAACGACUGACGAUAUGGUAGACUUUUUCCUGAAAUAUCUUCGUCAAGAUUCUAUUGGGAGAAUGAGCAAUGCUCACCUCAUCCUAGCAGACCGACGCGGGUUGUUC